AUGAUUUUCGUGCAGUCGGCGAAAAUAUACGUUUACACUCAAAAUGGACUCCUCUGUUGCACUUUAGUACGGAUUAUUUUCAUUCUUGCCUUCAAUCGCGAAUUCCGGCAAUCCAAAGUGAAGAAUCGGAAGAUUGUAUUUCUUACCAUAUUGACGAGUGAGCAAACGCCUUACAGGCUGAAAGAAAAAGAGCUGAAAUUGAUCGAGGGUGCCGAGAAUCGACUUGAUCAAAAUGAGGCUAUGCCAAAAGUUGACUUGCUGAGAGAUGUCUCAAGGUUCAAAUCCACGGAUGUGGUUUACAUGAAACGCAUGGAGGAGGAGAACGUGAAAAGAGUUCAUAGGAUGCAAGGAUUUCGCAAGGGCAAUAAUCGUACAGCAAUUGUGGCAAGUCUUACUGCCAUAGGGAUUUAUAUAUAUACGAUGUACUCGUUUAAGCAAGAAAGAUUCUUGGACGAUUUUGAGAAACCCGAGAAAACGAUCGAGAAGGCAUAAAAUAAUCGUGGGUGGAAAUUCGA